AUGAGAUUCUUUACUGCUGCUACUACCGCCUUAUUAUUUUCUGCUCAAGCCUUAGCUGGUAUCACUCAAUACACUUUAUCCAUUGAAGCCGAUGACGAAAGAGUCAAUGGUAAAGGUAUCACAUUCAAACAUGAAGGUGCUGGUAUCAACUAUGCUUUUGUUAGUGAUAGUUCUGCCAAAUUUAACUACGACGAUGAAUCCAAACUUUUCUACUAUCCAAUCAGUCCACAACUUAACUACAACCUUGGUACCGCUGGUGACAUUGUCCAAUUUUCCGUCACUCCUCCAUCUUCUGUUGAAAUCGGUGAUGAUGGUGCUUUGAAAUUUGAAGGUUCUGAUGAGCUUUUCGCCGCUGUCAGUAUUAAUGAUCCAUACCACUAUUCUGACAAGGACUUUGCUGUUAUUGUUAAAGGUAAAAACCAUGCUAUUCCAAUCAAACUUGUGGCUAAAAAAGCUUAA